GGUUGUCGUGCCAGCGACAGCCCGACACCAAAAAGAAACCUAGGGUGCCCUCAACAUGGAAGAGUUCUUGAUAGCGAAUCAAGAUAGGUUCGAAGCUCUCGUGAAGGGCUUCAAAGCUAAAGACGAAGGCCUUGCGACCAAGAAGAGCAAUGGCCGGACGACGGCCACCGACAUCGUGGUGGUUGCAAGGGUGAGGCCGGUCUUGGACGAGGAGAAAGAUGGAGGAGCCUUGACGGCUGUGCUACCUCGGCCCGGAACACCUGGCACAAUCGACUGUCAUGAGAUCCGGAAGACGAUCCGAGGCCAGCCAGCACUGGACACGUCCACGUUCAAGGUCGACCGCGCGUUCGGCCCAGAGGACACCACCGACGCCAUCUACUCGUCCGUCGUACAGCAGCUCGUGCCGUGGGCGUGGUCGGGCGGCGUGGGCACGCUCUUCGCCUACGGCCAGACAAGCUCCGGCAAGACCUUCACCGUCAGCGGGCUCGAGCGGCUCGUCGCGCGCUCGCUGUUUGACCUCGGCGGCGCGACCGACGGCGACCGCCAGAUAUACGCGUCCAUCGUCGAGCUGGCCGGUAACAGCGCGCUCGACCUCCUCAACGCGCGUCGGCCCGUGUCGGUCCUGACCGACUCGUUCGGCGAGACGCAGGUGGCGGGAGCGCUCGAGAGGCGCGUCGGGUCGGCCGACGAGCUGCUCGCGCUCGUCGACGUCGCGGCCGCGCUGCGCGCCACCGCGCCCACGUUGCGCAACGACGCCUCGAGCCGGUCGCACGCCGUCUGCCGCAUCCGGAUCGAGCUGCCGACCGCGGCUGGUGGCGGCGGGGCCGGGGCCGGGGCCGGGGCCGAAGACGGCCUCCUGUACCUCGUCGACCUGGCCGGGUCCGAGGCGGCGCGCGACGUGUCGGAGCACGGGGUGGACCGCAUGCGCGAGGCGCGCGAGAUCAACGCGAGCCUGUCGACGCUCAAGGACUGCAUCCGCGGCAGGGUCCUGCACGACGCCGCCGCCAUCGACGGCGGGGGCAAGAAGCCGGCGUCGGCCGCAGCGGGUGCGGGUGCGGGUGCGGGAGGGAAGCAGUACGUGCCGUUCCGCCAGAGCACCCUGACAAAGAUGCUCCGGCACGUCUUCGACCCCGACAGCGGGCGCAGCUGCAGGACCGUCGUCGUGGCGUGCGUCAACCCCGGCGCCGCCGACACCGGGGCGAGCAAGAACACGCUGCGCUACGCCGAGAUGCUCAGGGUCGUGGUGCCCUCGCGGGGCCCCAGGCCCUACGACCCUCGCGUGCCUGCCACGUGGAACAACGCGCAGCUCCGCGAGUGGAUUCAGUCGAGCUCUGGCUCUCCUGCGGUCGAUGCAGGGACUCUCGCCCCGUCCGAGACCGGCCCUCAGCUUCUCCGCCUACCCAUGCCCGAGUUCCUCCGCCGAUGCCUCCUCACUCCCGACGUGAGCCCGGAGCAGGCCCGCGCGUUCCAAUCCAAGUUCUGGCAGCUGCAUGUCGACUCGUGGCGGGCGCCGCCCGUGUCGCAGCAGCCGCAGUCGUCCACAUCCGUCGACGCUGACGUCCUCGACGAAGCCACCGACGGCUCCUCAUCUAGAACCGUGCGUCUCCGGGGGAGCCUGGGUGCUUUACCCUUCCAGGAGCGCAUCAGGCCCGGGAUGGUGGUGCGCUGGGAGCCCGAGGCAGCCUUCAAGCUAAAGGUACCUGGUCACCAGAGCCUGGCGCUGGUCCUCUGCCCGCAGUCCGCGCUGGGGCCUGGGGUUCGGGACGCUCUCGGGAGCGAGGUGUCCCCGGCUGCAGGCGGCGGCGAGAGUGAGAAGUCCCAUGGCUACCUGUGCGCGCUGGUGCUGCCGGGCAUGAUGCCUGGGGCGUAUGAAGUGAACAUGUGGCGGCAGAUCGUGGUGCCUGUGGAGAAUAUGGAGGCCGAGGUUAUUUUGGAGUACGAUCCGGCGACUCGAUACUACUACAUGAGCGUGUAA